AUGUCCAAUUUGAAAUUGGACUUCUAUAUUGGUGGAGUAAGACUACAUUUAUGUUAAGCACAGGCCUGGAUGUGACAUCCAAAAGCCCAUUUUGCCAGCCAUUUCCACAUCUACUUAAUGUUUAAAAAAUGGCUCUAAAAGCCCUAACUCUGGUUUGCUUUGGAAAGGAGGUUCAAGCCUCAAUAAAAAACCAGUGUUAAAAAAUGCAGUGACGAUAGGUUUCUUUUCGCUUUGAACCACAGAGUGAAGCCUGUUACAUCAAAGCAGCAUUUCCACAAAUCCUGGAGCUUCUGAACACACACUUCAAGUAUGUCAGAAAAUCGGACAAUGGGCGCUAUGUCAAAGCCCUGAAAAAGGUCAUAUAUGACCUCUACUCCCAAAACUGUAUACCUGAAAUCAACGAGGAGAUUGAGGUGAGUGCUACUUACUUAUGAGCUUUGCUACUCUAGUCCAGGAACAGUCUCUUCCAAAGGUGUGUUGGAUUGUGCCAAGGCGAAGAAGUGCCAGAAUUAAACUUCUAUUGAUGGAAGCAUAAAUAACCUCUCAGAAAUAAACAAAGUUAAGCAGGGCUUGGGAGGUUGGAACAUGCAGUGGCAGCCUUAUUAAACGGGACCAUUUUAAAAGUACCCAAUAAUGGUAAACUAUUUUGAUGCAUUCAGUGAAUUAGCAUUCCACUGGGAAUCCUCCACACACUGUAGUUUAUGGACUACAUAAGCAUUUGUCCUCAUUUCUAAUAGGACACGGUAACUGUAAACACAUUGAUAAUUACAAUAUGGCUUGUUACUUUGAUAUAUGUUCUCUAAAUAUGUUAAGCUGUUCAGUGGUCAUGGUCGUUAAAUAGAUAAAAUAGAUAGGAUAAAGAUACCAUCAAUUGAACUUAAAUUGAAGUUACAGAAAUACGACAAAGAAAGUCACCAUGUGUUCAAUUCUAAAUGUUCAAUUUAGAAUACAAUUCUUUCUUCAAGGAGACUGCCACCUCAGAUAUGGCAGGUUAAUAGAAUAUGUUUGAGAUUACGCCAAAAAUGUGAUCUGAAUUACGUUGGGCAGGGCAGACUCCAGGAGAUGGUUAUGCACUGCACAGCACCCACCGUGCAUAACAUUUACACUGCAGACAACAAAAAGCCAGUAAGUCUGGGCUAAUCAUCUUCUGUCUAUAUUAGAUUAGUGUCAGAUUAAUGUCAGAGAUGGGACUGGUGCCCCAGUAUGUUUCUGGGUACCCUGUGACGCUGGUAUAGGUAAUGGUCCCUCUUCAAUAGACCUUUGUCUCUUAAAUGGUUUUGUUUUUUUCAUUAGUCCACUGUUAAUACAGUCCCAGAAAUGUUUUUCAUGUCAGCAGUCAAGUUAAGAUAUUGGACUUUCAAGUGUCACUUGCCACAUCAUCAUGAUGAUGCAAAAUGCAUCAUAUGAUGUAAAACACAUCAUGACGAUGUGGCAAGUGACACUUUGCUUCUUGAAAAUCCUAUGUCUUGAAAAUUGGACUGCUGGCAGGCGAAGCGAGAGGAUUUACUCUGCCUAAAAUCUGUCCAAGAAAAUAAAACCACAAAGUGAAUAAUUUUGUAUGGAGGUCAAUUAGUGUUGAAUUUGGUCAACAACUAAAUUUACAAGUUAGGUUGUUACGAAUGCACUGAUAUAAGUGUCAUUUCGGCAACUUAACAAAAUACAACUUUAUAUCGGAGUUGGGCCUGUUUUCACACACUCAUCUGCCCUCUCAUUGGAUAGAAUUGUCCCACCAAAUCUCGCCUCCCCCGCUUGCCUUCCAUGUAUUUCCAUAAGAGUGGUCACUUGACUAUCUUGUCAAUAUAAUGGAUAAUCUUUGCUGCUGACAUGCCAAACAUUUUGGAACUGUAUCAACAGUGGACCAAAGGAAAAAAUGCCAAAAGAUAGUUUUUGAGUUAACUUUUCCUUUAUUAAGGAAACCCCUUGUCCAACAUCUUCACUGUGAAGUUUGGGCUAGCUACAGUAAAUGUGAAUGGCUCUCGACUUUUUACUACCCUCAGACUGAAAGGGCAAGGGAGGCUUCCACAGACAGACCAGCAGGGAGAGGAGCAGCAGGCUCACCCCACGGUCCCGUCACUGUUGCUGGGCCCAAGCUGGUCACACCUGUCCCUUUCAAAUAUUAAAUUAACCCCUAUACAAAACAAAUUCCUUGACCCAAUCAGAGUCAAUCAGAGUAUAAUUUCUCAGUUGAUUUCCUGCAAUCCAAAAAAUAUUUUGAAAUACUUUUAGAGAUCUUUACAAAACCCUUUCAAACGUUUAAAUACUCUAAGACUUAAGCCAAGAUUUCAUGUUGUGAGAAUACUGUAUAUAAUGAUCUACAAUAGCCUGCUUCUCUGGCAGCCCUUCACAGAGAUCUGAGUUUUCAUCAUUAGAAAAAUUCAUUACGCAUGAGGUAUUAUUCAAUAAGUGCCAUUGAAAACCACUUGAAAGUGUUUCAGGAUGUUUUGAAUUGUUAGUAGGGAAUUAAUGUGACCUGUUCUGUCUCCUCUCUCCCUCUCUCCUUUUGUCCGUGUCAAAGGACAACCCAGUGAAGUUUGUCAAAAUGCAAAGCACCUCGCCCAGAGAGGCUCUGACGAAAGCCCGGGGGGUCAUUGAGAUGUACUUAACCCUGUUGAACAAGAGCAACGGGCCCAUCGACUGGAACUGCGAGGAAGAGUACGCCGAGGAUUACCUAGAAUCCACCACCCCCACCACAGGUAGCAGGAGAUAUACAAUAAUUAUGAUAAUAUCCAUUAAAAGAGAUAGUUAGUCAUUUUGUAGAGUUUUACUGGUGGUUUCAGUGUCACGCCCUGACUCAGGGGACGCUUAUAUGUUGAGUCAGGGUGUGUAUAUUCCUUGUUGUGCUUGUUCUAUGUAUGAGGAUCUAGUAUGUCUAGUUCUAUGUUGGCCGGUGUGGUUCCCAAUCAGAGGCAGCUGUCGCUCGUUGUCUCUGAUUGGGGACCAUACUUAAGCAGCCUAUUGGCACUGUCUAGUUGUGGGAUCUUGUUCCGUGUAAGGUUUGUUGUUCUGUACUACCUUGGACUUCACGUUUCGUUUCCUUUGUUGUUUUGUCGUGUUGUUUAUUACGUUAAUAAACAUGUACGCAUAUCAUACUGCGCCUUGGUCUGUGAAGAUCCCACCAAACGAGGUCCAAGCAGCGUGCCCAGGCGGAGCGAAUAGCCAUGUCACAGGUGGGAAAAUUGUGGUCAUGGGAAGAGAUAUUUGCGGGGAGAGGACCAUGGGCUAAGGUAGAUGCACAGGCAGGAGAGGUGCAACGGCAACACGGGGGAGGCCGGUCGAGGAGGAAGCCCGAGAAGCAGCCCCAAUAAAAAAAAAUUUGGGGGCACACAGGGUGGUUGGCGGAGCCUAGUGUCAGAGCAGAGCCAACUCCCCGUACUCACGCGAGGAAGCGUAUGACUGGGCAGGCUCCGUGUUAUGCGGAGCUACGUACUGUGUCGCCAGUGCGCAGGCACAGUCCUGUACGUCCUGUGCUUGCACCACGCACGUGCCGUGCGAAGAUGGGCAUCCAGCCAGGACGGGGUGUGUCGGCUCAACGCUCCUGGUCUCCAGUACGCUUCCUCGGUCCCACAUAUCCUGCGCCAGUUCUACGAACUGUAUCGCCAGUGCGCGUGCACAGCCCAGUGCGUCCUGUGCUGAUACCUCAAACAUACUGUGCGGAAGUAGGCAUUGAGCCAGGACGGGUUGUGCCAGCUCUCCGCUCCAGACCUCCAGUCCGCCUCCACAGUCCGGCCCGGCCUGUUCCUGCUCCUGGCACCAAGCCAGUGGUGCGCGUCGCCAGCCCGGCCCGGCCUGUUCCUGCUCCUCGCACCAAGCCAGUGGUGCGCGUCGCCAGUCCGGCCCGGCCCGUUCCUGCUCCUCGCACCAAGCCAGUGGUGCGCGUCACCAGUCCGGCCCGGCCCGUUCCUGCUCCUCGCACCAAGCCAGUGGUGCGCGUCGCCAGUCCGGCCCGGCCCGUUCCUGCUCCUCGCACCAAGCCAGUGGUGCGCGUCGCCAGCCCGGCCCGGCCCGUUCCUGCUCCUCGCACCAAGGAAGUGGUGCGCGUCGCCAGCCCGGCCCUGUCCGUUCCUGCUCCUCGCACCAAGGCAGUGGUGCGCAUCGCCAGCCCGGCCUGGCCCGUUCCUGCUCCUCGCACCAAGCCAGUGGUGAACGUCGCCAGUCCGGCCCCGCCUGUUCCUGCUCCUCGCACCAAGCCAGUGGUGUGCGUCGCCAGUCCGGUCCGGCCUGUUCCUGCUCCUCGCACCAAGCCAGUGGUGCGCGUCGCCAGUCCGGCCCGGCCCGUUCCUGCUCCUCGCACCAGAACAGUGGUGCGCGUCGCCAGUCUGGCCCGGCCUGUUCCUGCUCCUCGCACCAAGCCAGUGGUGCGUGUCGCCAGUCCGGCCCGGCCCGUUCCUGCCCCUCGCACCAAGACAGUGGUGCGUGUUCCUAGUCCGGUCCAGCCCGUGCCUGCUCCUCGCACCAGACCAGUGGUGCGUUUCUCCAGUCCGGCGCGGCCCGUUCCACCGGUGCCUGGUCCGGUGCCUGAUCCAGUUCCGGUCAGCCGUUCCACUCCGGAGCCAGAGCAGUCCGCUCCACCGGUGCCUGAUCCAGCUCCGGUCAGCGGCUCCACUCCGGAGCCAAAGCAGUCCGCUCCACCGGUGCCUAGUCCGGCUCCGGUCAGUGGCUCCAGUCCAGACCAUGACGUCAGCCCCUCUCCAGGUUCGGGGUCUCCCACACCAGGGUCCAGACAGGGCCUGGCGUAUCGUGGGAGGAAGGAGAGGGGAAGCAACGCGCCGAGGUCUAGACCAGACCAGGGGCGCAACAGGGAGGCGGAGAAUGAGAGGUCGUCACGCCCCGAGCCGGAUCUGCCUCCGAGGCGAAAUGCCCACCCGGCCCCUACCCUGUUAUGUUUAUGUUGUGCGGUCGGAGUCCGCACCUUUGGGGGGGGGUACUGUCACGCCCUGACUCAGGGGACGCUUACAGUGGGGGGAAAAAGUAUUUAGUCAGCCACCAAUUGUGCAAGUUCUCCCACUUAAAAAUAUGAGAGAGGCCUGUAAUUUUCAUCAUAGGUACACGUCAACUAUGACAGACAAAUUGAGAAACAAAAAUCCAGAAAAUCACAUUGUAAGAUUUUUUAUGAAUUUAUUUGCAAAUUAUGGUGGAAAAUAAGUAUUUGGUCACCUACAAACAAGCAAUAUUUCUGGCUCUCACAGACCUGUAACUUGUUCUUUAAGAGGCUCCUCUGUCCUCCACUCGUUACCUGUAUGUGAUUUUCAGGAUUUUUCUUUCUCAAUUUGUCGGUCAUAGUUGACGUGUACCUAUGAUGAAAAUUACAGGCCUCUCUCAUCUUUUUAAGUGGGAGAACUUGCACAAUUGGUGGCUGACUAAAUACUUUUUUCCCCACUGUAUAUGUUGAGUCAGGGUGUGUAUAUUCAUUGUUGUGCUUGUUCUAUGUAUGAGGAUCUAGUAUGUCUAGUUCUAUGUUGGCCGGUGUGGUUCCCAAUCAGAGGCAGCUGUCACUCGUUGUCUCUGAUUGGGGCCAAUACUUAAGCAGCCUAUUGGCACUGUCUAGUUGUGGGAUCUUGUUCCGUGUAAGGUUUGUUGUUCUGUACUACCUUGGACUUCACGUUUCGUUUCCUUUGCAGGUUUGUCGUGUUUUUUAUUACGUUAAUAAACAUGUACGCAUAUCACACUGCGCCUUGGUCUGACCCGUCAUUAAACGAACGUGACAUUCAGUCUCCCAUAACUACCACAGACUUUAUUGAUUGUUAUUGCUGUUUGUCUCCCGUAGUGGAAUCUUUUAUGAGCAUAGGCUGGAAGGAUCAUCUUUCAUUUGGAUGUGUUAGCUUCCAUGUUAUAAGGAAAAUAACAUUAUAUCCCAUAUAAAAACUAGUCAAUACCUAAAUUACCACCAGAAAAUCUGGAAAACACACACCUAAACAAUGCCUAUUUUUACAAAUCCAGCAAUGCUCCUGGAAAUGAUUAAGAGUUUCUGUGGCUUGCGAAAGGAUUCACCCCCCCCCCCCCCCCCCCCCCCCCCCCCCCCCCCCCCCCCCCCUUGGCAUUUUAUCUAUUUUGUUGCCUUACAACCUGGAAUUAAAAUUGAUUUUUGGGGGGUUUGUAUAUCUGAUUUACACAACAUGCCUAACACUUUGAAGAUGCAAAAUAUGUUUUCUUGUGAACAAACAAGAAAUAAUACAACAAAAAAACAGAAAACUUGAGCGUGCAUAACUAUUCACCCCCCCAAAGUCAAUACUUUGUAGAGCCACCUUUUGCAGCAAUUACAGAUGCAAGUCUCUUGGGGUAUGUCUCUAUAAGCUUGGCACAUCUAGCCACUAUGAUUUUUUCCCAUUCUUCAAGGUAAAACUGCUACAGCUCCUUCAAGUUGGAUGGGUUCUGCUGGUAUACAGCAAUCUUUAAGUCAUACCACAAUUCUCAAUUGGAUUGAGGUCUGGGCUUUGACUAGGCCAUUCCAAAACAUUUAAAUGUUUCCCCUUAAACCACUCAAGUGUUGCUUUAGCAGUAUGCUUAGGGUCAUUGUUCUGCUGGAAGCUGAACCUCCGUCCCAGUAUCAAAUCUCUGGAAGACUGAAACAGGUUUCCCUCAAGAAUUUCCCUGUAUUUAGCGCCAUCCAUCAUUAAUUCAAUUCUGACCAGUUUCCCAGUCCCUGCCGAUGAAAAACAUCCCCACAGCAUGAUGCUGCCACCACCAUGCUUCACUGUGGGGAUGGUGUUCUCGGGGUGAUGAGAGGAGUUGGGUUUGCGCCAGACAUAGCGUUUUCCUUGAUGUCCAAAAAGCUCAAUUUUAGUCACAUCUGACCAGAGUACCUUCUUCCAUAUGUUUGGGGAGUCUCCCACAUGCCUUUUGGCGAACACCGAACGUGUUUGCUUAUUUCUUUCUUUAAGCAAUGGCUUUUUUCUGGCCACUCUUCCAUAAAGCCCAGCUCUGUGGAGUGUACGGCUUAAAGUGGUCCUAUGGACAGAUACUCCAAUCUCCGCUGUGGAGCUUUGCAGCUCCUUCAGGGUUAUCUUUGGUCUCUUUGUUGACUCUCUGAUUAAUUCCCUCCUUGCCUGGUCCGUGAGUUUUGGCAGGUUUGUUGUGGUGCCAUAUUAUUUCCAUUUUUAAAUAAUGGAUUUAAUGGUGCUCCGUGGGAUGUUAAAAGUUUCAGAUAUUUUUUUCAUUUCACUUGACUAUUUUGUGUAUGUCCAUUACAUGAAAUCCAAAUAAAAAUCAACUUAAUUUACAGGUUGUAAUGCAGCAAAUUAGGAAAAACACCGAGUGGGAUGAAUACUUUUGCAAGGCACUGUAUAUGUUUACUUUGCUGUUUCGCAACCAAACAUCUGGCCACCCAUGAUUACUCCAAGCUGUUUUCAGACUGUUCUCUUAGUCUUAUUUACCCUAACCAUUCCCAUGUUACAUGUCCCUCUCCUCUGCCCUAGCUGAACCUGAACACAAGUGUGCAUGUCCAACAGUGGGUCUGGUGACCCCUGAUGUCUCCCUGGUGUCCCACAGCGUAUGGAGCAGUCCCCCACAGCCCACCCUCUCCCAACUCAACACGAUUGUGCCUCCCAGGCCGACUCACCUACCCCUGGGUACCAAGAGCGCUGAGCCCCAGGUGUUCCUUGCAAGUUCUGGUACCGUAAGACCUCCCUUCCCCGAUGGACGUUCACUUGAAGGGGGCAGAGAGGGGGAGAUACACUGGGACUUUCGUCCACCUUCACCCAAUGGAACUGAGUCAGAUUCUGCACUCUACCACACAGUUGCAAACCCCCAUUCUGCCACGAACGACGCUUCCACAUCUUCCCCUCCCAGUCUGAUUCUCCUGGGGACCGUUGGCUCCCAUGACGAGACUUUUUACUACCCCCAGACUGAGAAGACAAGAGAGGCUUCCACAGACAGAUCAGCAGGGAGAGGAGCAGCAGGCUCACCCCACAGUCCCGUCGCUGUUGCUGGGGCCAAGCUGGUUACACCUGUCCCUUUCCUGUACAAGGUUAUUGGCAUCACCCCCAGUAGUGAUGAGAGCACUGCCUAUGUGUUGGCCAAGAGGUCGCUGGACGCCAGGAACUAUGGAAUACUUCAGGAUGGGGUUUCAACAGAGACCCCUCAACUAGAGGACACUAGAGAAAAAUAUCCAGGCACAGAGAGAUAUUUACAUGACUGGAACCCUCCGAUUGAAAGCACUACGACCGAAGCAUUUCCACAUUUGAAGACGACAGCGGAGGAGCCAGACAAACUACACACCACUACAGAGGUACUGGACCAAGUAACGAAGACUGAGCCAAACCAUAGCAGGACAUCCUAUGAGGAUGUCUUCAGCACAGGUAAAGCAAAGAACCCUGUUUGAUCUACUUUGUGUCCUCCUACUGAUUCAAACUACACAAAUUCACUUUCAUAGAGAUUUGCUUAGCACUUUAUUUUACUGUACUGUUUCCACUAGUCUUUUUUUAAACAUGUAUUUAUCCCCUUAUUUUAAGAACUAAGCUACCUCCACACAGUAAAUUAGGAAAGUAUUCAGACCCCUUGACUUUUUCCAAAUGUUGUUACAUUAGUCUAAUUCUAAAAUGGAUUGAAUUGUUUUUUCCCCCUCAUCAAUCUACGCACAAUACACCAUAAUUACAAAGCAAAAACAGGGUUUAAUAAAUGUUAGCAAAUUUAUGAGUAAAACAAAACAGUCAAAAGUUUGGACACACUCAUUCAAGGGUUUUUCUUUAUUUUGUUACAUUGUAUAAUAAUAGUCAAGACAUCAAAACUAUGAAAUUACACACAUGGAGUCAUUUAGUAACCAAAAAGUGUUAAACAAAUUCUUCAAAUAGCCACCUUUUGCCUUGAUGACAGCUUUGCACACUCUUGGCAUUUUCUCAACCAGCUCCAUGAGGUAGUCACCUGGAAUGCAUUUCAAUUAACAGGUGUGCAUUGUUAAAAGAUAAUUUGUGGAAUUUAUUUCCUUCUUAAUGCGUUUUAGCCAAUCAGUUGUGUUGUGUCAGGGUAGGGGUUAUACAGAAGAUAGCCCUAUUUGGUAAAAGACCAAGUCCAUAUUAUGACAAGAACAGCUCAAAUAAGCAAAGAGAAAAGACAGUCCAUCAUUACUUUAAGACAUGAAGGUCAGUCAAUACGGAAACAUUUCAAAAACUGGUUCUCAUGAGGACCACCACAGGAAUGGAAGACCCAGAGUUACCUCUUCUGCAGGGGAUAAGUUCAUUAGAGUUACCAGCCUCAGAAAUUGCAGCCCAAAUAAAUACUUCACAGAGUUCAAGUAACAGACACAUAUCAACAUCAACUGUUCAGAGGGGACUGUGUGAAUCAGGCCUUCAUGGUCGAAUUGCUGCUAACAAACCACUACUAAGGGACACCAAUAAGAAGAAGAGACCUACUUUGGGCCAAGAAACACGAGCAAUGGACAUUAGACAGGUGGAAAUUUGUCCUUUGGUCUGGAGUCCAAAUUGGAGAUUUUUGGUUCAAACCGCCGUGUCUUUGUGAGACAUGGUGUAGGUGAACGGAUGAUCUCUGCAUGUGUAGUUCCCACCGUAAAGCAUGGAGGAGGUGUUAUGGUGUGGGGGUGCUUUGCUGGUGACAUUGUCUGAGAUUUAUUUAGAAUUCAAGGCACACUUAACCAGCAUGGCUACCAAAGCGAUACGUCAUCCUGUCUGGUUUGGGCUUAGUGGGACUAUCAUUUGUUUUUCAACAGGACAAUGACCCAACACACCUCCAGGCUGUGUAAGGGAUAUCUGACCAAGAAGGAGAGUGAUAGAGUGCUACUUCAGAUUACCUGGCCUCCACAAUCCCCCAACGUCAACCCAAUUGAGAUGGUUUGGGAUGAGUCGGAAGGUAGUGUGAAGGAAAAGCAGCCAACACGUGCUCAGCAUAUGUAGGAACUCCUUCAAGACUGUUGGAAAAGCAUCCCAGGUGAAACUGGUUGAGAGAAUGCCAAGAGUGUGCAGAGCUGUCAUCAAGGCAAAGGGUGGCUAUUUGAAGAAUCUGAAAUAUAAAAUAUAUUUUCAUUUGUUUAACACUUCUAUGGUUACUACAUGAUUCCAUAUGUGUUAUUUCAUAGUUUUGAUGUCUUCACUAUUAUUCUACAAUGUAAAAAACUGGUACUGUAAGUCCUCAGACCCUUUACUCAAUACUUUGAUGAAGCACCUUUGGCAGCGAUUACAGCAUCAAGUCUUCUUUGGUAUACAAGCUUGGCAAACCUGUAUUUGUGGAGUUUCUCCCAUUGUUCUGUGCAGAUCGUCUCAAGCUCUGUCAGGUUGAAUGGGGAGCGUCACUGCAUAGGUAUUUUCAGGUCUCUCCAGAGAUGUUCGAUCGGGUCCAAGUCCGUGCUCUAGCUGGGCCACUCAAGGACAUUCAGAGACUUGUCCCAAAGCCACUCCUGCAUUGUCUUGGCUUUGUGCUUAGGGUCCUUGUCCUGUUGGAAGGUGAACCUUCAACCCAGUCUGAGGCCAUGCUUCACCGUAGGGAUGGUGCCAGGUUUCCUCCAGACGUGACAAUUGAUUUUCAGGCCAAACAGUUCAAUCUUGGUUUCAUCAGUCCAGAGAAUCUUGUUUCUCAUGGUCUGAGAGUCAUUUAGGUGCCUUUAGGCAAAUUCCAAGUGGGCUGUCAUGUGCCUUUUACUGAGGAGUGGCUUCCGUCUGGCCACUCUACCAUAAAGGCCUGAUUGGUGGAGUGCUGCAGAGAUAGUUGUCCUUCUGGAAGGUUCUCCCAUCUCCACAGAGGAACUCUGGAGCUCUGUCAGAGUGACCAUCGGGUUCUUGGUCACCUACCUGACCAAGGCCUUUCUCCCCCAAUUGCUCAGUUUGGCCGUGCGGCCAGCUCUAGGAAGAGUCUUGGUGGUUCCAAACUUCUUACAUUUAAGAAUGAUGAGGCCACUGUGUUCUUGGGGACCUUCAAUGCUGCAGAAAUGUUUGGUACCCUUCCCCAGAUCAGUGCCUCGACACAAUCCUGUAUCGGAGCACUACGGACAAUUCCUUUGACACCAUGGCUUGGUUUUUGCUCUGACAUGCACUGUCAUCUAAGGGACCUUAUAUAGACAGGCAUGUGCCUUUCCAAAUCGUGUCCAACCAAUUGAAUUUACCACAGCUGGACUCCAAUCAAGUUGUAGAAACAUCUCAAGAAUGAUCAAUGGAAACAGGAUGCACUUGAGUUUAAUUUCGAGUCUCAUAGCAAUGAGUCUGAAUACUUAUGUAAAUAUGGUAGUUUUUUCUGUUUUCGCUUUGUCAUUAUGGGGUAUUGUGUGUAGAUUGAUGAGGAAAACAUUUAAUGUAAUACAUUUUAGAAUUAGGCUGUAACGUAACAAAAUGUGGAAAAAGUCAAGGGAUCUGAAUAUUGUACUUCCAUUCAUUUUUUUAUAUUGUACCAGGGACCUUCAGACAAGUCUUUUGAAGCUUCUGGAGAACACCAUCGUGUUUGUGGGAGUCUCAGCUUUCCACAGAGGGUCAUAUUAGUGUAUAGGCCAAACCGUUCGAACGCUACAGACGUUUUCGUGAGAUGACCAAUUUUCGAGAUGUCUCAUUGUCUGACAAACAACGCUCUAGCUCUGCCACCUUUCACCGCUGAUGUUGGAGGGCAAUAUCGGCGGAUGAGGUGGAUUGAGAAUCCCCAUGCAAAAAUCCCCAUGCAAAAAACAACAGAUAUCUCUAGUUUAAACAGACAGAUUUUGAUGGGGAUUUUUUAAUUAUUUUAAUUUAAUAAUUGUUUUAAUGAAAAUGAACAAACCAGCUAUUACUUCCCUUGCAAAUAUAUUUUAUCACGUUCAUCACACUAAGGGACAGAAUUGUUACCUGGAGGAAAAUGGGGGAGGGUCAUGCUUUUUCAAUUUCAGUCAAGGGGAGGAUUUGAUAUUUUUUCAAUCUAGUCCAGGGGAGGGUCAUGUAAUUUGUAAUUGAUGAAAUUUCAAUAUUUCUCAGUGUUUUAGAACUAGUUGGUUAUUAGGCUAUAUAUCAAUGUGUGCCCGAUGCCGCCCCUCAUCUUAGAUUCUCCGCUGGGCACGCAAUAUCAAUUUCGCCUAUAGGCUAUUUAUUGUGGUCUCAAUCAAAUGAUCCAUAGCCUAUAGGCUAUGAAGUGCAUGCUCCGAUAAGCACAGAGGAAGUUUAUAUUUCUAAGAUAGCUGCUGGGAUGGUGUAAAUAAAACUAGGCUGCAUUUCACACUGCAAUGGAUAUUCCAACCCUGAGCCCUGGCCUGCUCUGCUCUUACUGAUCAAAAACUUUGUUGUGUGCUGCUUAACCAAUGGCUGUGCUGUGUAGGCCUACGGUGGCAGUUCAGGAGGAGAGUCAAAGGUUUCUUCCGAAAGUACUUUUUGAUUAGGCCUAAUCCAGAAAUGCACCAUCUUGCGUGCGGACUAGCCUAUAUAUAUUCUGUUCAGUUUGAGACGGAUAGCGCGAAGAUAAAGAGGACCGAAGGUCAACUUUGAUAGCUUGCUACUACUAUAAUAUAUUUUAUUAAAUACAAUAUGUUUCUUGCCGAGGAUGUAUUUAUCAGAAUUAUUGACCUCACAAUAAGCCAGAUUCUAGUAAUUUACGUUGUGGUGCUGAAACUUGAAGCAGCAGCUGCGGCACAAUCAAUCAGAAAUUGACAGCUGGUGCUGAAAGUAGGCAAAUUCGAGUAGGCAUAAUUCAUUUCAACAGUCUUCAUUUGAAUUAGACUAACAACAAGAAGGCUUUGUGUUGGAUAAUAUUUAUUUAUAUUUAAGAAAGAACAGGUAGGCCUACCAUAAAGGCCGACCUGUUUUUGUCAGUCAAUUCCUCUGCCCACCAUGCACUCUUUAAAUAGCCUACCUCCAUGUCAGUGAAGGGCUGUUAAGUUAAAACCAAGACUCGAAUUGAGGGGGUAUGCCAUAGGCCACCUUAUCAAAAGAAAAUGGCAAAAAGCACAGUCCUACCCCUCGUUGCGUUAAGCCUUGGAAAAAGAGUAGCCAGCAGUUAAAGCUUACAUUUUUCUGCGCCGGUAGGCCUACUCUGUCUGGGGUGGAAAAAUAGGCCUAACUUUUGAAAGUACCAUGCUCGGAUUCCUAAUGACGUCCCGGAUUUAAUUAUUUGCAAACAGGGGCAGUUUUGUUGUAAACAAGACACUCUGAUUUGGCAUUGGAGAAAUAUGAUAAGAUGAACACAUAGGCCUAUCUCUAUGUCCAUUCUUAGCCUGUAAUUUUGGUAAUUUGUGUGGUAUUAAAAAAAAGAUUCAGCUAAUAUGUAAAAUGAAACAGAAUUGCAUGACAUUUUUAUAAAAGGCUAUUUUUUCUCAGACCUGCAAAUAACAUGAUAGAUUCAUGCAAUGCUUUUACUAUAAAGGAGAUCUUUCCAGCCCUACUAUUGUCCACGGUGGUCUGCGAACACACAACCUUCUGGCCUGUAGCCCUGUGCACUAUCAAAAUUCCUGCGUUGCCAUAAAAUGCUUACAGGACGAAGAACAGUUUCUAAAACUGCAUAUCUAAGGCGCUGGUCUGUCCAGGAAGUGAAGGUAAACGGUAGCCAUGUUCUCUGCUAUCCACUUUUUAUUAUUAUUUUGGGUAUAGGGGAGGGUCACUUGUUUUUUUUCAAGCAUUUAGGGAGGGCCAUCCAUUUUCAUUUCAGUGAGGUACGAUUUUCUCCAUGUAACCCUUAUUAUAAAUAAUGUUCACUCCCUAACCAGUGAUCUAAAGUUAAAAUUAUGUUUCAUUAUUUUCAAAGAGAUCGCUAAUAGCAAGUGAGCUGCAACAAAAAACAGUGCCACUCACCAGAUGAUGAUCAUUUGUAAACGAAGUUUGAAUUAAGUGUGAAAGUUAAUCUUGAAAAGGGUGAUGCUAACAAAUUAGUAACAACAUCCACCUUGAAGAUGAUAACAGCUGCUGCAGCCACUGUCAUCAUUGUCACUCUACUACUACACAAGCUAGCUAACAUUACUACCGUUAGCAUGGGAAAACUACUGCUUGCGCCACGAGAAGGCCUAGAUACGUCCCUUUGCAAGUCAAAGGUCCCACCCAUUGCAAGUCAAAAUGUGAUUGGUUCACUCCACUGUCACUCCAAAAUUCUGCUCUAAUACAGUUUAAUCAAAGACAGUACAGUAUGAAGCUAAAACUGCUUCUACAAUAGAAUCCCCUAUCACACUUAGACAAUGUCAUGGCAAUGUUGGCUAGCAAAGAUCAUGCGUACUAGAAACACUUAAUCGGGUCUACUAACGGUCGUCUCUCGCCAAACUGCCAUGUGCAAGCCGUCAAAUCAAAAGGCACUCCUUCGAUAUGUGUCAGUUUGUCACUUUCAUGGGGUUGGAGUAAUAACAUGUUUAACUACUUAAGACUGGCUCAAAUCUAGGUUGUGCUUUUAGAUUGAGAAAAUGUAUAACUAAGGCAUAAUUUUUCACUUCUCGAAGCCCAAACCCCGGCCUUUGGUUGGUUUCGCUCGCGAUGUUGCACCUCUGGGUUUAGGAACUCUGUUGUUGAAUGGCAGAGGCCUUCUGUCCAGCUUCUGAAGACCAAGCCAAUGGCUGGCUGAGCUAGCUAGAUUGUUCUACCCAGAGACCACCAAAGAAAAUCCUGAUUAGAUAUUCUUUUAUUUUCAGCAUUAACCCUUCUCUUUCCAACACAAACUGAAUAGAUAAAAUCAGAAGAUCAUUAAAAGUAUUGUAAAGAUUAUUAACAUUUUGUUUUAAAUUGUAUAAAUGUAUAAAUUUUUUGGUCUUCUCUGAAGGCCUAGAAGGCCCUCACGGUUCCCCACUGCACUUUGUACUAUCAAAUAAACUGCCCUUGAGCUUUGAAUUAAGAUUCCCUCUCUAAACAAUGGCUCAUGUUCUUCCUCAUUGUCCCUCAGAUAUCCUGUCAGAGAGGACAGAUGUGGACGAUGCUCCUCCAGAAAGGCCCAGUGAAGGCUCAGAGAAGGAAUUCCGGAAUGGGAAAACUGGUCAUUCCGAUUCAAGCAUCUCCUACCAGACAGCCUUUAUCAUUGCAGCCGUGUGUGGUGGACUACUCCUGAUCAAAACCCUAUUCUGUCUCAGUGAGAAGAAGGUAAGAUAGAUCACACACUGAACAAGCAAUGGCGGUGCUCAACUAAGCUAUACCCCCCUGUACCAACAAGCUGUGAGACAACUAUACUGAACAGAAAUAAACGCAACAUGCAACAAUUUCAAAGAUUUUACUGAGUUACAGUUCAUAUAGGGAAAUCAGUCAAUUGAAAUCAAUUCAUUAGGCCCUAAUAUAUGGAUUUCACAUGACUGGGAAUACAGAUAUGAAUUUGUUGGUCACAGAUACCUUCAAGAAAAAGUAGGGGUGUGGAUCAAAAAAACAGUCAGUAUCUGUUGUGACCACCAUUUGUCUUAUGCAGUGCAGUGGGGCCGUGCAUUAUCAUGCUGAAACAUGAGGUGAUGACGGCGGAUGAAUGGCAAGACAAUGAGCCUCAGGAUCUCGUCACGGUAUCUCUGUGUAUUCAAAUUGUCAUCGAUAAAAUGCACUUGUGUUCAUUGUCCGUAGUUUAUGCCUACCCAUACCAUAACCCCACCAUGGGGCACUAUGUUCACAACGUUGAUAUCAGCAAACCGCUCGCCCACACUACACCAUACACAUGGUCUGCGGUUGUGAGGCUGGUUGGGCGUACUGACAAAUUCUCUAAAACGACGUUGGAGGCAGCUUAUGGUAGAGAAAUUAACAUUAAAUUAUCUGGCAACAGCUCUGGUGGACAUUCCUGCAGUCAGCAUGCCAAUUGCACACUCCCUCAAAACUUGAGUCAUCUGUGGCAUUGUGUUGUGUGACAAAACUGCACAAUUUAGAGUGGCCUUUUAUUGUCCCCAGCACAAGGUGCACCUGUGUAAUGAUCAUGCCGUUUAUAUCAGCUUCUUGAAAUGCCACACCUAUCAGGUGGAUGGAUUAUCUUGGCAAAGGAGAAAAUGCUCAAUAACAGGGAUAUAAACAAAUUUGAGAGAAAUAAGCUUUUUGUGCGUAUGAAACAUGGGACCAACACUUUACAUGUUGCGUGUAUAUUUUUGUUCAGUGGUAGUUUACAUCUACCUCUAACAGUAGGGAGAAACCAUGCUAACCCUUCCCUCUCUAAUUCCUACAUGAAAAUCUAAUAACUAUUUUUUUUUCAGAGACUCCGAGCCCUUCUCCACAGUACCAGCAUAAUUGAAACCCAGAGGUACAUUUAUUUAAUUAUAUCCUUAAAUGUCAUGGUGGUAAAAACAGAAAACUUAAAAGACAAUGGAGUCCUUUGAAGACUAUUUACACUAAUCAGUGCGGCACUAUUGCUAGGCAACAAUAACCACAACACAAAUAUUCGGACAUGGUAUUGGUGCGGUCAAUAGCUACAGAAAUCGUCAGGUGAUGAACUCAUUGUUUUGGCUCAAGAUCAUUUACAACUUAUAAAUCAACUCCAACUCAGUCAUAUUGAUUUUUCCUCAAAAGUUAUCUGGAAACCUACAAUAUAGGCUAUAUAAAUGUUAGACAGCAGCAACAUUUAUUUGUAUGUUCAGUGUUGUCCUAGUGAUCAUGGUGUCCUUCCCCAUGUUCAGAUCAAUUAAUGUAUUGUUCCAGAUAAUUGAUUAGGAUAAAACUGCAGCAAUUGUCUGUUUAAAAAACAAACUUAGGUAGCCUAUAUUUACAUAAUGAUCACGAUACCUCACCCUUACAAUGCCAUUGACUAGUCUGCACUGAAACCUAACCCGUGUAAUAUGUUUCACAGGGCAUGCAGCAGCAUUGAGGAUGUUGAGCUACAGUAUUAUAAAGCCAAGGAGUGAGAGAGCUGGUAAGAGCCACUACCCUUCCUUCCCACUUCUUCAGUGAGAGUGAAAUGCAAAAUGAUUUAUGGAUGUCAUUAGAGAACAUCUGAAGAGUUUCAUUCCAAAACGCUAUAUAUCAAUUUUCAUAAAUAUUGGUAAACUAGGUUUUAUUGAUUGAUGGUUUCAUUUCAGAGAGACAAAUAAUCUGUUUUUUGCUAAAUGCUAUCCACCUCACUCUCAGAGAAAUCAGUAGUACUGCUAGGUUUUACACAGUCAAAUGUAACAAAUAACUACAUGUUGUACAAAUGAUACAUUGUACAAAUUAUACAUUUGUGACAUCAAUAUUUAAAAAGGCUGUAAAAAGAUUCAAUACAGUAUGAGAUCUGCAUGUAAAACAUUUACAUUUGACAUUUUGAGAGCUUGGGACUAUAAGGUUUUAUCUGGAAAAAGAUUAUUCUGAGACAAUUUAUCUUGUAUUGUUUUGAACUUAACAACAUGAAUUGGGGUAUUUAGAGUACUAUAUAAGACAGAGAACAUUGAACAGAACAAGGCAAUGUCAAUAACUUAAUUUGGACAAAAAUGCAGAUAGAACCUCUCGAUUUGAGUCAUUUAGCAGAUGCUCUUAUCCAGAGCGAUAGAUAGGUGAGCCUAUCACUAUCACAGUCAAAUAUACAGAUAUACGAACAUUCCAUUUCAGCUAAACAAUGGAUAUAUAGUGUUUAAAAUAUAUCAUACACAUCUAAAAUCUAUUAAUUAAAACGUUUUUGAGAACAGUUAUAUUUUACACACACAAAGCAAUAAUUUCAGAUUUACAAAACACAAAUGUGAAAGAUUUGUGGAAAUAUAAUCUUCAACUCUUAUUCCUCUACAAGCCCUUAAAAUGGCCAGGGUCUGGUUUUGUUUUGAGCCUUUCAUUUCAAAUGGUAUUUAUUUGUCUCAAUUACUGAAGAAGGGUAUCUGGGAUUGAAGCCCCAUAUUUGGGAUUGAAUGGACCGCUAUUGAGAUCUGAGGGUAACAGCGUAAUAAUAUGACUAGGAUCCUGUGUUUUGGAUAAUCAUGUCACAUGACCUGGAUUCUAACCUUUUUUAAAGCUUUUUCAUCCAACUGUCCCCUUUUCUUUAUGUCAAUUGGUCCAGCAUCAUCCUCAGACAAUUCACUUCAUUUUUUGUGUAAUUCUCUUUCCUACAAAAUGCUUAAAAUAAAAGGUUACAAUCUAGGUAAUGUCACAUGAUAGCCCAUAACCAGAGGUGUAAAGGAACUAAUUACAACUACUCUCGUUGCUGUAAUUGAGUAGCUUUUCUGAGUACUUGUACUUUUGAGUAUUUUUCAAAGUCAGUAAUUUUACUUCUACUUGAGUAAAAUGUCAUUAAAGUACUUUACAUUUUUCAAUUUAUUGCAUGGAAAAGCUAAUGUGUUGCAACAUUCAGUUAACCUUAAUGUUUUUGUUUAAACUCAUUUACUUUUACUCUGAGUAACAUCUCUCUCUCUCUCUCUCUGUCUCUCUCUCUAUCUGCAGGAUUGGUUUUACCUGCCAGUAAGAGACCAACAACCACGUAAUUCGUUAAACAUGUGGAAGACAUGGAAAUUUGGCAACUAUUUUCCUCAUGUUAAAGUUUAUCGUUUUUUUAUAUAAAUAUCAACAAAUGUCUAAAGGUACCUAUUUUUAUACAAAUUAAGUUUAUAUUGCUUGAAAGAUUUAACAGAGAAUCUAAUGCUCUCAAAGUUAUACAAUAUCUGCCUGCUUCCCUUUCUACUGUCAAAAAGGUUUGAGUGAAUUGAUCUGUUAGACACAGCGGUAACUUGACUCUCAAAGACUGUUUGGACGGUGUCAUGCACACCACACACAACUUUGAUCUUCCAUGACAUAGAAUGGACCAAACAAUCCACCAAGGAUUCUCCGUCACGGCAGGGGUUAACGACUUCACCCUAGCCUGUUUCUUUCACUGACACUCCCCUAUCAUCUUCCAACGUG